UGCUUUUUACAAUUCUCACUUCAAAAGCAUUUAACACUUAACAUCGCUGUUUCUGUGUUACUCUGCCACUUUUUUUCAAGGUUACUGUUUUUCUCGGAAAAUGUUGCACAACAUUCUCAAUGCUUUCACCGGAGACAAAAGCAACCGCCACCAAGUUGAAGGGACGGUUGUGCUGAUGAAGAAAAGUGUGUUGGACUUCAACGACUUCACUGCCUCCAUGCUUGAUGGUCUUCAUGAGUUUGUGGGAAAAGGAGUUUCUCUUCAGCUUGUUAGUACUGUUAACACUGAUUCAGAGAAUGGAUUGAAGGGGAAACUUGGGAAGCCUGCUAAUUUAGAUUGGAGUACCGCAUCAAAACCUCUUUCAACCGGAGAAUCAACGUUCAAGGUUUCAUUUGAUUGGGAUGAAGAGAUAGGAACACCAGGAGCAUUUUUAAUAUGGAAUAAUCAUGACAAUGAGUUCUACCUCAAAAGCUUGACACUUAAAGGCGUUCCUGGUCAAGAUGUUAUCCACUUUGUCUGCAACUCUUGGGUAUAUCCUGCUAAAAACUACGUAAAAGAUCGCAUUUUCUUCUCCAACAAGACAUAUCUUCCAAGUGAAACUCCGACAACACUACUUAAGUACAGAGAAGAAGAGCUAGAGACUUUAAGAGGUGAUGGAAAAGGCCAGCUUGAAAAGUGGGAUAGGGUUUAUGAUUAUGCAUGCUACAAUGAUUUGGGAAAUCCUGAUAAAGGUCUUGAACAUUCUCGUCCUAUUCUUGGAGGGUCUGCUGAAUAUCCUUACCCUCGCAGGGGAAGAACUGGCAGAGAACCUGCCAAAUCAGAUCCUAAUUAUGAGACUAGGCUGGAUCUUGAGAUGAGCUUAAAGAUCUAUGUUCCGAGGGAUGAAAAAUUUGGUCACUUGAAGAUGUCAGAUUUUCUUGCUUAUGCACUAAAAUCUAUAGUUCAAGUUCUCAAACCUGAACUUGAAUCUCUAUUUGAUAGCACCCCUAAUGAGUUUGACAGCUUUGAAGAUGUACUCAAACUCUAUGAAAGUGGGAUUGAUGUGCCUGAAGGCUUACUUAAGGAUGUUAGGGAGAACAUCCAUGGGGAGAUACUUAAGGAAAUCUUGAGAACUGAUGGGGAAAAGCUCCUCAAAUUUCCACUGCCUCAAGUGAUUGCAGUCGAUAAAUCUGCAUGGAGAACUGAUGAAGAAUUCGCUAGGGAGAUGCUGGCUGGUGUAAAUCCUGUCAUGAUUUGUAGUCUCCAAGAGUUCCCACCAAAAAGCAAGCUAGAUCACAAAGUCUAUGGUGAUCAAUCCAGUAAAAUAACUAAAGAACACAUUGAAAUUAAUCUGGACGGGCUCACUGUGGAUGAGGCAAUUCGAGCAAAGAAGUUGUUUAUAUUAGAUCACCACGACACACUGAUGCCAUACUUAAGGAGGAUAAACUAUACCUCAACAAAGACAUAUGCUAGCAGGACUAUUUUGUUCUUGCAAAAGAAUGGGACUUUAAAGCUACUAGCCAUUGAGUUGAGUUUGCCACAUUCAGUGGGAGAUCAAUAUGGUGCCGUUAGUAAGGUUUACUUGCCUGCGGAGAAAGGUGUUGAAAAGUCUAUUUGGCAAUUAGCCAAAGCUUAUGUUGCAGUAGUUGACUCGGGGUAUCAUCAACUUAUUAGCCACUGGUUGCAUACUCAUGCCGUCGUAGAGCCAUUCAUCAUAGCUUCAAAUAGGCGUCUUAGUGUACUUCACCCUAUUCAUAAGCUAUUACAUCCUCACUUUCGUGACACCAUGAAUAUAAAUGGACUUGCAAGGCAGAUCCUCAUCAAUGCUGGUGGUGCACUAGAGUCUACUGUUUUCCCAUCAAAAUAUUCUAUGGAGUUUUCAUCCUUUCUUUAUAAGGAUUGGUCUUUCCCUGAACAAGCACUGCCUGAAGAUCUUCUCAAGAGAGGAAUGGCUGUUAAGGACUCAACUUCGCCAUACGGUCUUCGAUUAUUAAUCGAGGAUUACCCUUAUGCAGUUGAUGGACUGGAGAUUUGGUUUGCCAUCAAGACAUGGGUUAAAGACUACUGCUCCAUUUACUACAAGGAUGAGGACUCAAUCAAGAAAGACUCGGAACUUCAAUCUUGGUGGAAGGAAAUAAGGGAAGAGGGUCAUGGUGACAAGAAAGAUGAGCCUUGGUGGCCAAAGAUGCAUACUCUCGAAGAGCUGAUUGAAACUUGCACUAUUAUUAUAUGGAUUGCUUCAGCUCUCCAUGCUGCAGUCAACUUUGGACAGUAUCCAUAUGGAGGCUAUCCACCGAGUCGUCCUUCUAUGAGCCGACGACUCAUGCCUGAAAAAGGAACUCAAGAGUACAAUGAACUUUUGGAAAAUCCUGACAAAGCUUUUCUGAAAACAAUCACUUCACAGUUUCAAGCUGUUCUUGGUCUUUCACUUGUGGAAAUAUUGUCUAGGCAUGCUAGUGAUGAGGUCUACCUUGGACAGAGAGACACUCCAGAUUGGACUUCUGACAUAAAGGCAUUGGAGGCUUUUGAGAAGUUUGGCAAUAAGCUUGUUGAAAUUGAGAAAAGGAUUGGGAUAAUGAACAAUGAUGAGAAACUGAAAAACAGGUUUGGUCCUGUUAAGAUGUCAUACACUUUGCUUAAACCUACUAGUGAAGGUGGACUAACUGGUAUGGGGAUUCCUAAUAGCAUCUCGAUUUAAUAUGGCUAAGGGUCUUGUAUUUAGUUAUUUUCUUUGUUAAACAAUAAUAGUGGUGGUGAACUUGGUAAUUUUAGAUUAUAUUUUAGAAUAGGCAAGUAAAGUCUUUUUACUAUUUAUCUUCAUUAUGGUGUGCUAAAACUUGCUAUAGAGUAUCAUACUAUUUUCUUUACAUCAGUGAAUAUUGAGUCAGUAUUUGAGUUCAGCAGUAUAA